AUGGCCGCUUACUAUGACCGUAGAGCAACUUCUAUGGAUGUGAUAUCCGAGCAAGUGAAUUAUGGUGCCGCUGCUGGUGAUAAGGCUGCUCGGGAGCCCAUCAGUCUCUCCCAACCUCCACAACAGCCCACAGCCGCAGCGACAGCCCCAGCUCUGCGUGGCCCA